AUGACGAAUGGGUCACAGGCGGAGAGACUAAAAAAGUUUAGCAAAAUGGAGAUUUAUUGGAAUGGCAGCCUGCGGGUGACUGCUAAGGCUCAACGGGAGCCUGCCUCAGGACGACUUGGGACUAGUAGCAAUACACUUAAUACUAGACAUGGGGAGUGUGGCUGGUGCAAAGCAGGCAGUGCUGAUCCUCUUAACUUAAUGGUCAUGGCGAGUGGACACACUAGACACAAUACAGUUAGCAAUGACCGACUCAACCUGUCCAGGAGGGGAUCCGUUUCACGCGUUAACUCUCCCAUGUCCAUGCCAAUGCUCAUUAGCCAUGCAGCCGCUCUCUCCUUUGACCCGCAUUAUCUGAGACGAGAGAUGGCUCGGUUCCAUUCUGUUGCGAUCCAAUACGAGCAGCCCCAUGAUCGCCGACUUCGUGAUAAGGAGAUGUCUGAGCCCCAGACUACCCCUUACGCUAGUAGCCAUGAAGUCAUCGAGACCAUGUGUCUCGAUACUCUGCUGCGCCUCAGCCACAGGAUGACUGGCCGAGAGCGUUCCUUUCUGCCACUCCGGCGCUACAGCCACAGUUCAACCCACGAGCUCUCCGUCUUUGCUGUACUACUGCUACAGCAACCGUACCAGUCCAUUGGGACUGCCUUGUGA